UGCCCUUGCAGUGACCCUGAGGGAGGGCUGUGUGGGAAGUUGGUGUGUGAGAUUAUAGAGAAGGCUGAUGAAGCUGUGGGCUCUGCAGAGCGUCUGGAGCCUGAGUAUAUGCACAGAGACUGAUAAAUAGCCACGAGAGACAUCAGGCUUAAUUAGACUUCCAAACUUGCAGUGGUGCCUACAUCUGGAGAUACCAGGGCUCAUCCUUGCUAUAUGUUCAAUCCAGAUGGAAACCUGGUAUUCAACCUCAAAAUCCAAUAUGCCUCACGUAACAAUAUUUUUUUCCUGAUGUUACCUCCUCUCGAUGGGGCUAUCACUUUUUCAAAAGCAAAGGAUUUCUCUGCAGAACAGCAUAAAAAAUACGUGUUAAUGAGACAGUGGGAAAAACUGGAGCAGACCAUGGCAAACAGCUAUGUAACAGUUCCUGAUGCAUACUGUCUUUCUGAACCGUUACCUUAUUACGAUAUCCUGCCAGAUCACAUUAAUUAUCAACUUCCAGAUUCAGACUUCCAGGCGACUCCAUAUUGUCAGUAUACAAAUGUGCCUUAUUCUCCUGUGUUGCAAUCCUCAACAUCUCAAUGCCACUACAGUGCAUACAGUUUGGAGAAUUCAUAUGGUGAUGGGCAAUAUGUCCUUAGCACAUGUGACAUGAGUAAGCCACCCUCAAACAUGACUCAUAGUGUGGAAGAGAUGUAUCCUACUGUAAAGAGGACGAGGAUUAGUCAUUCUAGCAUCCGGAUGAAAGGUCAUGAAGAACUUUGUGUUGUAUGUGGAGAUAAGGCUUCUGGGUAUCACUACAAUGCACUUACUUGUGAAGGAUGUAAAGGUUUUUUUCGCCGUAGCAUUACAAAAAAUGCUGUUUACAGGUGUAAGAAUGGUGGACACUGUGAGAUGGACAUGUACAUGCGGCGAAAGUGUCAAGAGUGUCGGUUGAAGAAGUGUAAGGCUGUUGGCAUGCUUGCAGAAUGUUUGUUAACUGAAGUACAAUGCAAGUCAAAGAGGCUCAGGAAAAACUGUAAGCAAAACAGUUCAGUAUACUGUAAUGUGAAAGUGGAAGAUGAUGCAAAUGACAGCAGACAAGUUUCAUCAACUACAAAGUUAGCGAAACAGGCAGUAACACGACUAGAACUGACAGCUGAAGACUGCAAGAUGAUUGAUCAUAUAGUUACGGAAUAUCAAAAAUACAGCUCUCCAGUAGAUGAACACAAAUUAUUUCUAGAAGAAUCAGCAAAUCCAGAAGAAAUAUUCUACCACAUCUCUGAAGCAGCUGUAAUGCAUGUGCAAGUUCUUGUAGAAUUCACAAAAAGGCUCCCAGGUUUUGACAUUCUGGACCAUGAUGAUCAAAUUGCUCUUCUAAAGGGAUCCACUGUUGAAGCACUGUUUUUACGUUCUGCACAAACAUACAAUCAACAAGCAACAGGGUGCUCACAGCUAGAUAAUGGGCUUGCAAAAUAUCAGAGCCACUCAGGAGAAUACUACCACAUUCAGGAUUUUGACCGAUGUCCUCUAUAUUCUCUUGAACCCAAUCCUCAGCAAAAUACUCAAACAUUUAAUACAGAUCUCACAGAAGAAUUUAUUACUCCACUGUUCAACUUUUAUAGAAGUAUGAGCUCUCUUAAUGUGACUGAUGCAGAAUAUGCUCUACUCUCUGCAAUAACGGUGUUCUUUUCAGAUCGUCCGUUCUUGAAGAACAAAAAUGGUGUUGAAAAACUGCAGGAGCCACUUCUCGUGAUUUUACAUAAAUAUUCAAAGAUUUACCAUCCAGAAGACCCACAACAUUUUGCACGACUGAUUGGACGCCUGACUGAGCUAAGGACCCUUAACCACAAUCACUCAGAAGUACUAUUAUCUUGGAAAACCAGAGAUACCAAGCAUACCUCAUUGCUUUAUGGUGGUUGGGACUUCCACUAAGUUUUUCACUGAAACCAUCAUUUUAAUCACCUAAUUUAUGGAAAUGCAUCUGUUAAGAUGUUGGACACUGUUUUGUGACAUACAAAGCAAAGGUGAAAGUGCCUCUGCACUUUUAACUGUCUGAAUUUAUGUUUUUACUCUUUGAAGUCAUUCUGUUUCAAUAUGGCUGUCCAAAGAAGAGACAUCAUACUAAAUACAGAUCAAACGGAUAUUGAUUCAAUCAUAAAAUUAAUAGUAGCCCUAAUUUAUCAUGAUGGAACAUGGACAUUAAAAUAAUUGAGGGCACCAAUUUCACUGUAUGGGACCUGUGGAAAGGGGGCUCAUGUUAGCGUUGCCCUCCUUCACGAUGGGUGGUAUGACCCUGCCUACAGCUCACUCUCUCCAAAGACAAACAUAAAAGAGUAACUGACUAAAAUGUAAUGCUGCCCUGCUUCUCUAUUUGAGAUGACAGACUGAUCUAAGUCCCGUGUACUAGGAUUGGUUGCAUUGUAGACACAUAGUAAUUGGAGGGCACUCCUUUUGAUUUGUUUCUCGUAAACCUAGGCAGCGAGCUAUGAGCAUCACAUUCUGGGUCAAGUGGAUAGCAAUAAGUGUCCAUUCACACGUCCGUAGCGUAUUGCAGAUUCGCAAUACACCGGGCCGGCACCCCCAUAGAACUGCCUAUUGUUGUCUGCUAUUGCGGACAAGAAUAGG